CACUCCUCAACGCAGCCACACAUUGAGUCGCUCGGAGGCAUACAUAAUAAACACUGUCAGUUCUUCGCGCGACACCAUCCAGGCACUUUAGCUCGUCAUCAGUUCCCCCGAGCUCUGUCCCGAGGCGCACAAAUAUCACUCAAAAACUCCCGUGUUGGUACAUCCUUGAGUGUUGAAAUUCUCUCCUGAUUACAAUGUGAUUAAUACCUACAUUCAACGAAAUCUAAACGAUUUAUAUUGGAUUUAUACUAGCAUUUGGAUUUAUCGGAUUUAUCAGUGAAUUUAAAAGUGAUAAAAAUGGAUAUAUCAGUGAAGGAACCAUUGCUGUUCUAUCUUAUGUGCAAAUCAAUGAUCAAGUCAACGAUAGAGUGCUUAUGAUUGUAAUGAAUUUGAUAUUGAAACUUGGUUCUUAUUUUAUGUGUAUUAAACAGAAGCAGAUUAGGUUUUUAUACAAAUUAAAACUUUGACGAUUAGUAUAGAACUGGAUCCCAUCGUGAACCAAGAGGGUGGAGCCAUGUACAUUACGUGUGGAGAUGGGAUCCCCAUGGAGCCGGAAAUGGGAUAUGUUCCCAACAAUCCCCUGUUUGGGCUACCGCAAGAUAGUCCUCAGGAGUGUCCGUCGGCAUCCUGCAUCGGUUGCUCCAGCUGCCAGUGCCAAGCUUCCACAUUUACUAUUGCUGAGUUUCACGAAGACGCCAGAGGAUCGGAUUUCGACUGCGGAAGUUGUCUCGACCACAACACUAUUCUCAGCCUACCGCAGAACAUUCACACACACCAGCAACCAACCUCAAGUACUUACUGGAGUGAAGAUAUGGGAUCCUUUCCAGGUCUUCCGCCUCUUGAGUUGGAUCCAUUACCUAGUCUAUUCCCCUUCUCACCCUGCGGUGCUUCGUAUGGUCGAAAUGAAAGACCAACACAUGACAUGGCUGAUGUCCUUCUAUCUCUCAAGCAUGCCGUGCUGAAGCCAAGUCCAGAGCCUCAGCCCCAUCAGGCGUCAUCUCAGUCAUUUGGGGCACCCCAAGCAUCCCUUUCGUACACCGUUCACCCGUCGGUUCAGACACCCACUGCAGCUACAGCAAACUACGGUCCAAGUGGCUACUAUGAGAGCUCCUGCGGGCAACAUACACCAGCCAUGUAUCCCAGUAUGAGUGUCAACGUCAGCAUGAACAUGACAAUGCACGGAUACGGUAGUGAAUCAUCAGCAUGCUCUCAGUGGCCACCACAAUCAUCAGCAUCUGCAGUAAAUGUUCUCUACCCCCCGCUCUUGAGUCCUGGGCACUAUCCCAGUGGAACCACGUACUCCUUCACGGCGGACUUUCGUCCACCUCUACCGGGUUCAUCUGCUCAAAGUGUGCCCUCCAUUGAGACACCCCCGCAGCCGCCACAGCGCUCAACAUGCUAUUCCGCCGGAACAUAUUCCCCAAUCCAAAAGCCAAAUCCCAUGUGUGGAGCAUCGAAACUACGGUCAGUUCGUACAUUUGGAAUUGGAUAUGAUGAAGAUGACAGCGGAGACAGUUUGCCAGAUGCAAAGCCCAAUUUAUGUCGCCUCUGCGGGAAGACUUAUGCUAGGCCUAGCACACUCAAGACGCACCUCAGAACUCAUUCCGGAGAGAGACCUUACAGGCAAAUUUUCAGAUGUCCAGAUUGCAACAAGAGCUUCUCUCAGGCAGCCAAUUUGACGGCACACGUGAGGACCCAUACAGGCCAAAAACCCUUCCGGUGCCCCAUUUGCGAUCGAAGAUUCUCCCAGAGUUCCAGUGUAACAACUCACAUGAGGACACAUUCCGGGGAACGACCUUACAGAUGUCGCGCAUGCAAAAAGGCUUUCUCGGACAGCUCCACCCUCACGAAACAUCUCCGGAUCCAUAGUGGUGAGAAGCCAUACCAGUGCAAGCUGUGCUUAUUGAGAUUUUCUCAGUCAGGCAACCUCAAUCGUCACAUGCGAGUCCACGGGACCAAUGGUGGAAAUUCAAUAACAUGACAAAGACACCCCGUUGGAGCCAUUAAUAUCGCAUCUCGAACAUCCUUCAGUACAACAACAUCAACAACAGUUAAUGAACUACCCGGCUACUAUAGGGCAGCAAAUUGUCUCAACAUCUACUGAAUGCCAUCGAAUCUCUCAACGAUUUAGUCGCGCAUGUUGGAGUUUUUCAGUUCGUGAGUGUAAAAGAAACGUUACAAAUGUUUGCAUGAAUGUUAGUACAUCUAAACCUAAUUCAUUCUCUCUAGUCAGCAAUGUUGCAUGCUGAGAAAAAUAAAGGAUUUAAAACCAAAAAAAAA